ACCCAUUGUUUACAAAUGAACCGUCGGUUAUUCGGAGCGGCGCUGAGCAGCAGCGGAACCUCAUUCAUCUCGAACCCAACCAAACCCAGCCCGAUCUCCGCCACCACCAUGCCCUGUCGGAAGGAGAACUACAUCUUCCUGGAGCAGUCCGUCACCGUCGAUUCCAAAGAAGUAGACGCGCUGGUCACCAAGAUCGGAGAGGCGCUGCAGCUCCACAGCAACACCGGCGGCGGCCACCAGAAGACGGUGUCCGUGUCGACGGCCCUCAUCGGCGGCGGCGCAGCGGGUGCACCGGGGCAGAAGCGCCGCGGUUGCUGCAUGCGGCUCCGGGGACACCGGGGAAGCAGCAGCAGGGCGAGCCCGUACCACAUCCCCGGGUCUCACGACGACCCGGACUGGGACCAGAUCAAACCGUGGAACAGAAAGAGAAUGGAGGAGGACGACCCGCACCGGCUGCUCCAGGAACUCAUUCUGUCGGGGAACCUCAUCAAGGAGGCCGUGAGGCGGCUCCAGUUUUCGGCCGCAGACUGUGCAGAUUUCCCCCGGGCGGCGGACAACGUGCCGUGCUGAUAACGGUGUUUGGACUCCAGAACCGGGACUGUACCGUCAGACUGAUUAACGAUAAAUUUGACAAAAGACUCAUUUUUCUAAUUUCAUGAUUUUCAUCGACGUGUUUCUGCUGUUUGUUGUGGUAGCGGUUAGCCUUGCUGGCAGCUAACAGUUAGCCCGGCUAGCAGCUAACAGUUAGCCCGGCUAGCAGCUAACAGUUAGCCCGGCUAGCGGCUAACAGUUAGCCCACCUAGCUGCUAACAGUUAUCCCUCCUGACAGCUAACAGUUACCUUGGCUAGCUGCUAACAGUUAGCCGUUAGCCGCCCGGCUAACGAGCGUGUUGUUUAUGUUUGAAUGUGUCGGAGCCUCGGAGUCGCUGAUUGUCGGUAAAAUCGGUGAUUUUUACGAUGUAAAGGUGCUGUGGAGCUCUGGAGGAGAACUGGCUCACCACAGGGAGCGUGACUGUGUAAAACCGAACAAAAGCUAUCCCCUCCCAGAUGACUGAAUCACCCCGAGGCAGCCCCAGCUUCAUUUAUUUACCACCCCGGAAUGUGUCCAUGUGCUGUGGGGGUUGGGAGCGCCGGCUCCGGUGGGGGUUGGGUGGUUUUGUUUACAGUGUGCUGCUGGUUGUACGUGCAGGAAGGGUCCUCCUCGGCUCAUCGUUGUGGCCCUUUAACUGGCUGUUUCACCGGUUUACUGGCAGCAGUUUCCACCAGUUAAACCGUUAGUUUUCUUAAAGGAGAGGAAAGAGGAUUCUGUGAUUUCACCCUCUUCUGUGCAACGAUUUUCUGGUUUAUUUCUUCUGUGACAGUAAACUGAAGAUCUUUGGAUUUUGUGGAAAAACUGAUCCACAUUUUUUACUAUUUUCUGACACUUUGUCCUCCAAACAGCUCCAAACAGCAGCAGUCAACACAGAAACUAUUAUUAAAUCUGUAUUUCUGACCUCUUUAGGGCAACAGCUAUAUUCAUCAGAGAUUUAAUCUGCUGAUUGUUUGUCUUGUUUUGUCUCCAAGAAAUUACAGGAUGGUGAAAAUGUCCAUCAGUGUCUGAAAGGCAAAGGUGGCAUCUUUAAAAGUACUUUUGUUCACCCACCAGUCAGAAACUCAGUUAACCAUCCAGAGCUGCAAUAAUUAAUUCAUUGGUUGUCAACUGUUGACUGUUUUAAUUCUUGAUUGGAGCCAUUUUUGACAGAAACAGUCUAAAUUCUGUGAUUGCAGCUUGUUAAAUGUGAAUGUUUUCUGGUUGUCUUUGGGUUUUGGGUCUUGGACUUUCACCAUGUUGUCCAGCAGCUGAUGGAUCCUCACUGUGGUGAUGUCAGCUCAGACAGGCUCCGCCCACCUUUACCUGCUCUGACUGUUCGGCACACUUUGGUGGUGCUUCACCUGUUUGGAAUUCCAUCGAGGAGUUCCGUUUUUUUUUAUUUGUUUCUUCUCUGUGUAAAGAAAAUCAGCUUCGUAGCGAAGCGUCUGAUAAUGUUCCUGAGUAUUCAGGGCCUUUUUGUUGUCUUAAUAAACCCACUUUGUUUUCCA